AACGUUUCGAGAGAAGCCAUACGGUUGUACCCCCAAAAUGUUGUAAGUGAUAUCUCUCAUCUGCAAAGGAAUAUGGCACAUCUGCUAUGCAUACUUUGCGCAGCAUUUAUUGCACAGUAUGUACGUUACCCUACCAGCCAUCUUCCGCCCAAAGCCACACCCGAUCAACCCCGCCUAAUGAGACCUCCUGUGAAACUUCACUUCAAAGCGUUCGUCUUCUUCGGACUUUGCGAUCCUGUACUCGUCUCUGCAGUGUCACGAAGGUCCAGUAUUCAGUACUCCAAAUCCGACUCUUGCCCCGUCAUAGGCUAUCAGCGGAAGGGCAAAACUGUUUUCCUUACCUCCUUUUGAAUAUUAUCUCUCAUGUCUCGUAUCUCUGUCAAACAUGGCUUGCUUCGGUUUUGAAAGAUGGCUUUACAGCUUCCUCCAUCGACAUGUUCAACCCGACGGUGGGCCCCCUUAUAGGAUCGAGACUUGUCCAAUCUCGCCAGAUCGUAUCUUGCCUUGGCUGCCUGUAUCUCGUCGAUCACGGUUGACAACGGCUUCCGAAUCACAGCUUUGUUUUUUUGAUACACACACCAGAGUCCACGUGCAAUUCCGUCGUUCUGUUCUUCACCUUUCUCUUAGAGUACCCACGUACUUACAGCUUCAGGUUUGACAUCAUUAUGGAUCAUCGCGGUUAUGUUUGAUCGU